AUGUCAGGACUCGAUGUCGAGGCGCUACUCGACUCAACCGCUACCAAUGAUGCCAAAGAUUCUACUACCGAACACGAUGAUCGCCAUCGUAGCGAACGUAGCGAACGCCGGGACAGAGACAAAUACCGCGAUGGGUCUCGUGAUCGAGAGAGAGACCGCAAGAGACGGGAGCGCAGCAGGGAACAUCGACGGGAUCGUGACCGUGACCGCGAUGAUGACUUGAAAAGCCCUCGAAGCGACCAUGGCUCCGCUAAUGGCAGUCACAGAAGCAGGAGGCGAAGUCGUAGUCGUGACGAUGACAGAAGACGCUCCAAACGUGACGACGACCAUCGUCGCCACCGAUCUAAGUCUCCAGAAUACGAUCGCUAUUACCGACCAGGAGGACGAUCCAGACGGGAUGAUGAUGACCGUCGCGAUCGUGACAAGGAACGCCAUCGGUCGACGAGUCCCAAGAAAGGUCCCAAGAGCAAGACACCCGAGGCACAGCUUACUGAGGAUGAGCGUGAUAGGAGAACCGUGUUCGUCCAACAACUUGCCGCUCGUCUUCGCACUAAAGAGUUGAUUCAAUUCUUUGAAAAGGUUGGUCCUGUCAAAGAAGCCCAGAUCGUCAAAGAUCGUGUUAGUGGUCGCUCCAAAGGUGUUGGCUACGUCGAGUUCAAGGACGAAGCAUCGGUGCCACUUGCUAUUCAAAUGACCGGACAGAAACUCCUCGGAAUUCCCAUCAUUGCUCAACUCACUGAAGCAGAGAAAAAUCGACAAGCCCGUAACCCUGAAGCCAGCAGUAGCAAUCACAACUCCGUUCCUUUCCACCGUCUUUAUGUUGGAAACAUUCACUUCAGUAUCACUGAACAGGACUUGCAGAACGUCUUCGAGCCCUUUGGCGCGCUGGAAUUUGUGCAGCUUCAGAAGGAUGAAGGAGGCCGCAGUAGAGGAUAUGGCUUUGUCCAGUUUCAAGAUCCUACCCAAGCUCGUGAGGCUCUUGAGAAGAUGAAUGGAUUUGACCUUGCAGGACGCCCAAUUCGAGUUGGUCUUGGAAACGACAAAUUCACACCCGAGUCUACCGCCAAUCUCCUCCAACGCUUCCAAGGUCAGAACCAGCCAUCUAACUACCAAGGCUCGUCCUUUUCCGGCUCCGGAGGUCGUGGAUCGCACGCUGGUGGAUCUGGAGGAAACUUCGAUCGUGCAGGCGGUCGUGACAACGAAAAGGGGACUGGUGGUGCAAGUGCUCUUGAUGACACAGACGUUGCCGGUGUGAACUUCAACAACUACAGCAGAGAUGCGUUGAUGCGGAAACUCGCUAGGACAGAUGAUUCGACCACAGACGCGGAGAAACGCACCGUUGUUCCCAAAAAGGAAAGCAAGCCUCUGCCCGUGAACGUGAGCCAGGCAAGCAGAUGUGUACUGCUGAGGAACAUGUUUGAUCCAACUGAGGAAGAAGGAGAGGCUUGGAUCAAAGAACUCGAAGAUGAUGUCCGUGCCGAAUGCGAAGAGAAGUACGGACAUGUCGUACACAUUUCCCUUGACCCCAACACACAAGGCGAUAUUUACUUGAAGUUCGAUCGUGUGUCUGGCGGCGAGAAUGCCAUCAAAGGCCUCAACGGCCGAUACUUUGGCGGUAGGCAGAUUAGCGCGCAGCCAGUCGUUGACGCUGUGUACAGCAGUUUGUUCUCCCGGACCAAGGCUCUCUGA